CAUUUUUCAUCAGUGUAGGUUACAGAUAAACGAAUGAAGACAGACUUUGACCCCAGCCUGUUAAAAAUCACAGCAUGCACAGCAGCUGAUCAAUGGUUUAUCUACCAGAGCGACCCCAGGACCUCAGAGCUGGAACAUGAGCACCUUUGUGACUUUAUCAACGGGGCAGAAGAUGCCCAUGGUCGGACUCGGCACAUGGAAGAGCGCUCCAGGACAGGUGAAGCAGGCAGUGCUGGCAGCUUUGGACUGCGGGUACAGACACAUUGACUGCGCCGCUGCUUACAGCAAUGAACAGGAGGUGGGAGCAGCUCUGGCUCUGAGGGUCGGACCUGGGAAGGCUCUGCGUCGUGAGGAGGUGUUUGUGACCUCCAAACUGUGGAACACCAAACAUGACCCAGAGGAUGUUGAAGAAGCGUGCAGGACCAGUCUAGCCCACCUGGGUCUCUCCUACCUAGACCUUUACCUCAUGCACUGGCCCAUGGCAUUUCAGCGGGGGAAGGAGCUGAUGCCUCGACGGGAAGAUGGAAGCAUUUGCUACUCUGACACACACUACAGACUCACUUGGACGGCCAUGGAGAGUCUGGUGGAUAAAGGUUUGGUCAAAGCUAUAGGACUGUCCAACUUCAACGCCAGGCAGAUUGACGACAUCAUCAGCAUAGCCAGACACAAACCUGUGAUCAACCAGGUGGAAUGCCAUCCUUAUUUGUCUCAAGCAGAUCUCCUGUCACACUGUCGGUCAGUGGCAGUUUGUGUAACGGCCUACAGUCCUCUGGGCAGUGGGGACAGACCCUGGGCCUCUCCCGAUGAACCAAGUCUGUUGGAGGAUCCUCGACUGGGAGCCAUCGCCAAAAGAUACCAGAAAACACCUGCCCAUGUCGUACUCAGGUGGCACGUUCAGAGAGGUGUAGUAUGCAUCCCUAAAAGCGUGACAGCCUCCAGGAUCCAGCAGAACCUGCAGGUGUUUGACUUUUCCCUGUCAGAGGACGACAUGAAGCUGAUCGAAUCCUUCGACCGCAAUGAGCGCUUCAUCGUCCCGACAGUCGAGCGGGAUGGUAAGAGAGUGUGGAGAGAUGCAGAACAUCCUCAUUUCCCCUUCCACGACCCAUACUGAGUCUACCCACACAGAAAUACAAUGUUAUGACUUUAAAUGAUUGUUGUCACGUACACUGAUGAAACCAAAUUUUUAAAUUAAUUCAGAUAUGAAAAUAUUUUUGAUUCUCUUUGAGAUGAAUGAUAAUAUAGAAGUGACAUAACUCUGCUUAAAACAUGCUGAGAUUGCUGUGAGGGAAAAAAAAAAAAAAAAAAUCUUCCCACUGGAUUAAGUUCUUUCUGGUCAGCAACAGAACAGCCUCUCUACCUGGUUGUGACAGCUUUGCUCACAUGGCACCUGCAUGUUUCACAAAGAAAAGACUCAAGAAUGUUUAAUCACUGCCAUCAACAAACACUUCUAAACACAGCUAAUCCAUGAUGAAUUAUCUUUGAAAGACUUUUUCAGUGCCAAGUGGCAUAAUAAUGCAAUCCACAUGGGCUGUCCCCAUAGCCUAGACAUACCAUACAAUUAUAAUGUUCUAAUGAACUAAGUGUGAUUCCAGCUACAACACUGUCACAUGUCAUUUCUAUCCAUCUCCAUGUUUCCUGUGUCCCUACUGUCAUGUGAUCAAAUAAAAAAGGCAAGAGAUUAUCUUUGUAUCAAUAAAGAAUUUUUAAAACACA